UUAACUGGCCCUCAUCCACUUAGGUGAAAUACGCGACGUCAUGACCUACUGCAAGAAGUAGAACAGUAACGUAUAUAAACAAAGAACAGCUGAUCAUCCCGUUGAUUGUGUUUUUUAUAUUGCACUUCAAGUAUCCAGAAUUAGACGCCAGUCAUAACCCAACCAGCAUGGAAGCAACAGCUCGAGACCUCUACUUUCCUCUCGAAGACAUGAGUUCUUCAUCUGAGGAGGAUGGGACAUUGGUGGUCAAAGAAGAAGAACUCGAGAAUGAUGGGGAAUUGUGGGAUGCCCAUCCUAGGAGAUCAGCAUUUUCUCCGUACAGGCCAGUGACUGUCUUAACAAAUCUUCAGCGUGGCAAUAUCCAGACUCAGACUGCCCAAGUUCAACCAGAAGAAUCACUACACACACGUGCAGCUAUGGGAGAAGUUUCGUCUGAUGAUCUUGUUGGGAUUGACGUUGAUGAAGUUGACAGCAAUGGUUUUACUCCAGUUAUGUGGGCAGCCUCUUAUGGUCAGUUGCCAACUGUAAAGGUUUUGGUGCAUAACAGUGCAAAUAUAUCCCUGGAAGGUGAAGAUGGUGAAACUCCUCUUCUUCUUGCUGCUAGCAAUGGGCAUCAUGAAAUAGUCAAGUUAUUGAUUGAUUGUGGAAGUGACCUUAAUCAUGUUGAUCAUAUGGGUAAUUCGGCACUUAUGUACGCUGCGCAUGGUGACCACUCACACUGUGCCAAUGAACUCCUGGAGCACGGAGCUGAUAUCACACUGACAAAUGUGUCGGGCUCAUCUGCAUUUAGCAUUUGUGUUGCCAGGGGUAGCAAACAAGUUCAGCUGGUAAUGGAACGCCACCUUCUCAAGUUGUUGGAACCAUCAUGAGGUCGCACAAGUCAUAUUUUGUAAAAAUCCUCACACACACAUAUUUUCUACUCUAGUUUUAAAGACAGAUACGUACAUGCACUAUACUGCUUUUCAUGUAAGCUGUCUGUUAAGUUUUUGUUGUUCAAUUUUAUAUUUUACUUCUAGUUACUGAUAUAUACAUCAUUUAAGUCCAUGGGUUUUAUGCUAAUGUAAAUGUAUAUUGCAUUAUAUACUGUUUUAGUUAAAAUUUUUAAUAUGCCAAGUACUUCAGUGUGUUUAUAUGAGGGACUGUUCUCCUUAUUUUAUUCUUCAUAAUAAUACCUAGAAUGGAAAUAGACAGGUAUUCUUGUGUUACUUCCUUGGUUAAGUAUCCAUACUGAUUAGAAGGAACCUCCAACACCAGUUUUGUCAUUGACAUUCAUAGUGGUUAGCAAGAGCUGCUUCUUUAGCCAUUGCAGCAUCAGUUUUUUCUUCAUCAUCAUUUUUUAUAUUGUAAGUAAAAUUAUGUAGUUUCUGUGGGAUUUUACUUGACACUGCAUGAACUAUAGUUUGGUAUGUUUUUUCAUAAGUAAUAUUUCCUUAUUAGUUUUUAAUUACACAUGUAAUUUUGAAAAAUUUACUUCAGAGGCAUCAGAUGCUGACCUGUAUUAAGGCUAAGAGAAUGAAGGGUCAGUAGCCAUGUAACCCAAAUUUAUAAUCCACAAUAGCAAGCACAUUUAUAAUUAGUAACAAGGUAAGGCAAAAUUUGUUUUAUUUCAACAAAAAAUUGUCCAAGAAG